GCUAGAAGUGAACCUUAGUCAAUUAGCUGAAGGCUUUGCCCAAAUAGGGAGCUCGGUGCCCCAGUAGCGCAAGCUCAGAUCGCUAAGCUAUACUAAAGGCUUGCUAUUUUAUUGGAGCACACCCGGUCUGACCUCUCCCUAAGGCAACAUGGCGGGCUUCCGGCCGCUCAAUCUCGUGCGGCCGUUCCUCUCGGUGCUGCCUGAUGUGCAGCAAGCGGAUCGGCGGGUCCCCUUCAGGGAAAAGUUCCUUUACACGGCGGUGACGCUCUUCAUCUUCCUAGUCUGCUCUCAGCUGCCUCUAUAUGGCAUCAAGACAAACUCAAGCUCUGACCCCUUCUACUGGGUGCGAGUUAUCAUGGCGUCCAACCGCGGCACCUGUAUGGAGCUCGGUAUCAGCCCCAUCGUAACCUCCGGCCUAGUCAUGCAGCUGCUUGCUGGUUCAAAGAUUAUUGAUGUUGACAACAGCGUUAAGGCGGACCGCGAGCUGCUUAACGGAGCGCAGAAGCUGCUUGGAGUGCUGAUCACCAUCGGAGAGGCCGUCGCAUACGUUGUGUCCGGCAUGUAUGGCGAUGUCCGUGAGCUUGGCCCCGUGAAUGCUAUCCUCAUUAUCACCCAGCUGUUCUUUGCUGGCAUCAUUGUUAUCUGCCUGGACGAGCUGCUCCAAAAGGGCUACGGUCUCGGAUCCGGUAUCUCGCUCUUCAUCGCUACCAACAUCUGCGAGUCCAUCAUCUGGAAGGCCUUCAGCCCGUACACCAUCCAGAGCGCCCGCGGUGCUGAGUUUGAGGGUGCGAUCAUUGCUAUGUUCCACUUGAUCAUCACCCGGUCCGAUAAGGUCCGAGCCCUCAAAGAAGCCUUCUACCGCACCAACCUGCCCAACAUGACCAACCUGCUGGCCACCGUGGCGGUCUUCCUGGUGGUCAUCUACUUCCAAGGCUUCCGCGUCGACCUGCCCGUGCGCAACAAGCGCGCCCGCGGCCAGCAGGGCAACUACCCGAUUAAGCUCUUCUACACCUCCAACAUGCCCAUCAUCCUGCAGUCGGCCCUGGUGUCCAACCUGUACUUCAUUUCCCAGCUGCUGUACAAGCGGUACGGCGGCAACAUCCUGGUGCAGCUGCUGGGCCGCUGGCAGCAGACCGAGUACGGCGGUGGCCAGAUGAUCCCCGUGGGCGGUCUGGUGUACUACAUCUCGCCGCCUAGCAGCUUGAUGGAGGUUGCGGCUAACCCGCUGCAUGCGCUCUUCUACGUGACCUUCAUGCUCACGGCCUGCGCGCUGUUCUCCAAGACCUGGAUUGAGGUGUCUGGCAGCAGCGCCAGCGACGUCGCCAAGCAGCUGAAGGAGCAGCAGAUGUUCAUCCAGGGCCACCGCGACACCACCGCCUCGCUCAAGAAGGAGCUCAACCGCUACAUCCCCAUUGCGGCUGCUUUCGGCGGCAUGUGCAUUGGCGCGCUGACCAUCGUGGCUGACUUCAUGGGCGCCAUCGGCUCAGGCACGGGUAUCCUGCUGGCCGUCACCAUCAUCUACCAGUACUUUGAGACGUACGAGAAGGAGAAGGCGCAGGCGCCAGGGUCACUGUUCUAAGCUAGUCUGCAUGUAGGGAUAGGCAUUGGGAUACCUGCUCUUUCUUAUAGGAACAGUUCGGAAUGUCGUCUGGUGAGAUGCGCACGCGACUGUAGGUGCCAUCUAGGGCUUCAUGCGGGUUAUGGCGUCGUGGAGGAUUAUGGUGCGCCGUGCAAUGGGAGUUCAGACAUGGGCCCGCGGGUGGGCCAUGGUUUGGCAGGGCUUACGCGUCCAUGGAAGUUGCUGCUGCUGCUUACGUGCCUGUAUGCUGGCAAGUUGUCCUUUUUCGCCUAGACGCGGACGACCACUGACUAGCGACUUGACUAGUGUAAAGUGCCUGACUUCGGCGUGCGUGGCGGGUAUUCGCUACGACGGGGUCUAGUUGAAUGACUGCAGGAUAAGUGAGCUCGACGUUGGAUGUGUACCGGUAAUGCGGUGAGCUGUUGUAGAGGUACGAGUUCGGACAUACGAUGGUAGGAAGAUACUCGCAUGCGGAGCUUACAGCUCCCUUGUAGGUGGCCUGUUACCAGAGGCCGGGUUAGCGUCCAGCCCCAAUGUGAUUUCGGACGCUGGCAAAUAGAUGACAUAGCAGCGGUUACUGCGCUGCCUUGGAUAAGCUGGGUACAAAAAGGAACUACUAUACGUGCCCUUCAUCAUGAGGAUAGUGACGUAUGCCAAACCUGCGACGCAUGCCUGUGAUGCAUGUCAUUGAAACACAAUACAAUAAGCAAUGCCCCUAUUUCGACCAUGCAAAUACAUU